CUCAACGCCCACACCUGUUCUCCCGACUCCUUUGCAUUUCUUGUGAAGGGUUCGAAGAAGCAUAUCCUUCUGGAUUAAAAAUUAUAUAAAUUUCAAGAUGGCCCUUCGAGGAAACCUUGUCAGCAAGCAGUACAAUUCUCCAAUCAACCUUUACUCAAACGAAAACGUAAAAGAAGCAUUGCACAAACAAAAGCAGGUGCUGGCCAACGGCGCAGUAGGGGUUGACUUCCACAAUCUGGCUAAACCUGGAAAUCUGGCCAACUCGGCCGUUCUCCGGAUGCUGGAGGAAGAGGAGAGAUCCGGAAGAAAAGAUCCUUACGAUCCAUGGAUUGAAAGAUACCUGACUCAUUCGCUGGAAGGUUCGAUGCCGACAGUGGAUCGUGAAAAAAUAAAGAAGUGGUCUGUGCGACCUCCAAGGCGUUUACAAUGGUCACCGACUCCUUCGCCAACUUUUAAGGGGUCUGUGAGGUUGUCUCCAGGGUUGAAACGAGUGGCUUGGCCACCACCACCCGAAGAAGACGAAAAUAAUUCAGCUGUUUUUCAGGAUCCGGUAUAUUCCCAAGGACCCACACCAGCUGCACAGGUAACACCACCAAUCAGACAGGCACCAGACAGUCCACAACCUGCAAGAAGACAAUUAGAACAACCAAUCUAUCAUCCAGUUCAAUUUGAGCCACCGAAAACAACCGUUACUUUACGAUCAACUCCUCCAGUGAACCAACAGCCAGCUCCGGUCUAUCAGGCCCAGCCACCAGUGGCUUCAGUACAAGGAGGCGCCAGGAUGAGGGGAGACCAGAAGUGGCCGCCAGAGAGCAUAAAGCAGCAAACGGCAGCUGAAAAUGAAGCGAGGGUAGCUCUUGCAAAGGGACCAGCUUUCAGGCCAAGGAAAGUAAAGAAGGAUUACUCCUCCUUCUUCGCCCAGCACGCCCUCAACUCAACAUAUCCAGGAUAUAAGGCUCCUCCCGGCACUCAACACUACUCGGAAGGAACUUCAAACCUGUAAAGGCGCUUAAUGGUUCUCCUAAUAUCAAACAUUUGCUAAGCAUAUUUAUUCUGCAUUCAUAAUUUUCAUAGUUGAUUAUGGCGUUUAAUACUUUGUACAAUGUGAAAAGUUGUUACUAUUUAAAUGUGCUGUGAAUAACAAUGCUAGUGAUUAUACAAAAUUCCUUAAUCUCAUGCAUUACUUUUCAUAAUAUGAUAUUAGGAAAUAUAUUGUUAAUGCCCAAUAAGUAUUUCUAGCUUGAGCUAAAUAAUUGCUUUAGCAAUGGACUUAUUACAGCUUCUUGCAUGUACAGAAAAAGCGUGUAGAUAACCAAUAUUUUUUGUAUGUUCAUUUAUGUUAUAUUAAAAGAAAAAAAAAUUGAGAAUGUCUUUUUUUAAAUGCAAUACUUUUAAUGUUCUACAUAUUGUUUUUUAUUUAUAAGAUCAUUGAAAAAAAUUUUUUGUCAUCUUAAUUUUCAGUUUUGUUAUAACUUGUAUCACUCAUAAAAUAAUGUUUAAUACAAUAACAGGCUUUGUGUAAGAACAAAGUGUGGCGAAUUUCCAAGUGUUUAGUGAACUUCUGUGCCUCAAAUAACAUCAUCUUGGCAUAAGAUAUGUAAAUCAGAAUUAAUUAAUUUAUACAUUGCCAGGAUUCUAUUUAUUUAUAGAAAUUUCAGAUGGUGGUGUGUACAUAGAAAGUAUUUAUAGCUUCAUAUGUUAUCACAUUUUUAUAUU